AUGCUCGACGUCAAAUUGGUGUCGUAUUCAAAACUGGGUGCCAAUUUCGCACAUUCGACGCUGCUACGAGAGGAGGAUCACAGCCUGAACGCUAGCCCGUGGUCUGAAGAUGUCUCCAACUCGAUGGCUCUCGAGAUUGAUCAGCUGCUCCUCCAGCUGUCCGAAAUCAAUGACAAGAUGACGCGAUGCGAUGCGAGUGUGGCCUUGCCGCACAUUCUGCAGCAUCACCGCGGCAAGUUGCACGAUUUUAAGCUCGAUUUCAAGAAGACUAGGGCAAACAUCAUGCAGACGCGAGAGCACGCUGAUCUGUUGCUCUCUGUGCGCGACGACAUAAGCGAGUACAAGAAGAACACUGGCAUGAACUCCCGAACCGAGAAUCUGCUGCGGGAGCGGGGUUCCAUCCACGGGGUCGAUCACAUCGCCGAUCAGCUCAUUGCCCAAGCACAGGAGGCGCGGGACCAGCUCGCUGGCCAGAGGUCACUCCUCCAGAACACGUUGGCGACCCUCGCCGGCAUGCGAGGUUCAUUGCCGGGAAUCAACUCGAUCAUGGGCUCGAUCAAAAAGAAGAAGUACAGGGACAUGGUCGUCCUGGGCUCGUUCAUCGCGUUUUGCAUCUGCUUCCUCCUCUUCUACUGGCUUCGCAGCUGA